AUGCAAAACGGGAUCUCCUCCCAAUUGACGCAGGCCAGUGCAUACGGGGCGACGUUCCUGGAUCUGUACGACGAUGUCCUUGCGAUGAUCGCUCCUGAUCUCACCACCAAAGAGUCCCUUCAGCUAGUUGCGAAACGUCAGGAACUGUCCUCGGUGACAAUAGAGUCGGUGCAGGCGGUCAUUCGUAUCUGCAAGUACAUGCUCGAGGAUGUGGUCGGCCGCUUGCAGUGGAUCCCGCGGUUGUCGGUGUCCGUCUGGAUCCCAGACAAAGGAAGUGGCCGUUAUGAAUGGUUGGUGAAACGGAACGGGCAGAGUGAAGCACCGAUGGCCAUGGGUCUCCUCGUGUCGCUCUUGGAGCAAGCACAUGGGCUGCAGUAUCUCCAUGUCGGGGAUGUCGACAACAACCUCGAGUUCGACCACGCACUCCUUGAUGCUAUAUGUGCACUCCCAAACCUGGUUGAGCUGGAGCUGCUGCGCGGGGAUCAAUUCGAGACCAUGAAGCUGCUUGACGGACUGCAAAACCGACUGCGCAUCCUCAGGCUGGGUGUGCAAGUAUUUAACGCGGACAAGGAUGCAAUGAUCUCCGGGAUCGGGAGGUUCCAGGAGCUUCGUGUGCUAGGACUCGGUGGAAUGUACACGCAACGGUCUCGCUUCUACAAAAACACGACGCGCUUCAUGCACGACCUGCACCAUACAUGGCCUGAUGUCAACCACCUUACCAUUGCACAUUGCGAUCUCGAGCUUCCUGCGGUCCUCCAUGCCUUCCCAAAUUUGCGCGCCUUGACAUUCACGGAAUGGGACAUUAUCUCGCGCUCAAUGUUGCACGACAGGUCGGCGUAUUCUGUCAAACUGCAGGGGCCCAACUGUCUCGAAUACGUCGAGGGUAGUGGACACCUGUUUGAGGACUGGCCCGCUGAGCGCCCUGUAUAUCACAUUCUCAUCCAAUCCGUACUCGCAAUUCCAAGUCAAACGGCAAUGGGCGGGGAGACGCGCUGUGGCGACCCUGAAAUCCCGAUCCUGCUGGAGAUGGCGCGCAAUGCUGAACCGGUCAUACUCACUUUCCGCAUCAUGGCAUUCGAAUCGCUGCAUGAGUCCUUCUGGAAGAGGCUGGCAGCCGAGGCGACGAGACUGCGAUGCCUCGAGGUCGGUUUGUUUGAAUUCAGAGAAACAAAGGGCCUCACAUCAUUAUUCCAGGGCUGGAUGACCAACGUCCCGUCAAGUCUUUCGCCUAUCACGUCGCUCUUGUACCUCGAAAUUGCCAUCGAUGUCAGCACGUCAUGGUUCAUCUCAUGCGUAAGGAAUGAGACGCCGGAGCCUAUUAACCUUGAUUAUAGUGAGGCGUACGCGGAACGGCUGGCAUCGCUUGUCAUUAUGCAGAUCCCCUCUCUUCGUUACCUCUCUCUUGGGUUUGGCUCCAUGGCGUCACAUUUACCCACCCCUCACAUACAGCCAUUUGCUGGCAGGAUGUGGAUGUGGAAGGCGGAGGGUACUGGUGGAGAGCGUGCACUCUGUCCUGUCCCGUCAACUAUUGCUCGGCGACUCAAGGUGCUGCUGAAAUCCCCCGAUUAUGACCCUCUGCAAGAGAGUGAUGAUGCGUCUACUGGAUUCUGGUGA